CGUCAACUGAAGUUGAAUUGUGAUUCACAAAAAUCUUUAAAGGGUCGCCGCAAACGAAACCGGUAUUCACAAGUGUGAAUUUUGAGAACACGAACAUGCUUUUUGCAACAGACCUACGCACUUUCCAUCGACACCAUAAAGAGUUAUGGCCCAUCAUUGGUUUAAUUGGAGCAGCAGUGACUGGUUAUAUUUUUACAGCACAAUACAUGUUGAGAACAAGACCGGAUGUUGUAUGGUACAAGGGACAAAGAGAAGAUCGUUAUCCACAAGUUUUGAGACAGCCGUAUGUCCAUAAGUUGAUCAAAAUCAACGAGCGUUACACACCAAACCCAGCCUUGGCAGAUCUGUACGAAGAAAUGGCGAGAAGAGAGAAGGAACUAAUCAAAUCCCUACAACAAGGGCCACAAAGGAUGAAAUAAAUUAUACACAUUUGUAUAUUUUUGAUAAAUUAU